CACGAACCCAGAUCAUAUCAUCAUCCGCCAUAUACAUACUCCUUCUCACCCACCCUCCUCCACGAUGCCAGCCCAAAGCAAACAGGUGCUAGGACAGCAUAUUCAACCGCCAGCCAGGCUCAAUGUGAGGCCGCUGCGCUCAGUUUUCCUCGCUGGAAAUAUAAAUAUGGGAACGGCCCCUCCAUGGCAGAGAGAAAUGGCAGAAAUACUCUCAGACUUGCCUAUAGUCGUCUACAACCCACGCCGCGACCAGGCAGGCAAUACAUUCGAUCCAACCCUGAAGCAAGAUAUCUCGAAUCCGAAGUUCAAGGAACAAGUUGACUGGGAAAUGGAUCACCUCGACCAGUCUGACAUCAUCGCCAUGUACUUUGACCCUGACCCUGUGAAGUUGUCACCGAUCACUUUACUGGAGUUAGGUCUUCACGCACAAGAUAGAAAACUGAUUGUAUGUUGUCCGCAAGGACUUGGUCGGAAGUGUAACGUUCAGAUCGUCUGCGAACGGUUUGGGAUAAUGCUCCUUGAGACGCGGGAGGACUUUGAAAAGACAGUCAGAAAAGAAGCGGAGAGGCUCUGUUCGAGAAAAUCAGUAGUUGUAGGAUUCUGAACCUGGCCUGGGGUAUAUGGGAG